AUGAAUUUUUGGUUUCUACUUGUAAUACUUGGUAUUGCGACAUUUUCAACAGCUGUAAGACAUCAAGCUGUUGGAAUCAAAGGUAAACUACUAUGUGGUAGUGCUGCGGCACGAAAUGUUCGAGUAAAACUUUGGGAUGAAGAUUCUGGACCACAGCCAGAUGAUCUUCUAGCUCAAGGAUAUACCGAUGAACAAGGUAUAUUUACGCUGGCAGGUGAUACGUUUGAAUUAACCAGUAUUGAUCCAGUAUUGAAAGUAUAUCAUGAUUGCAAUGAUAAUCUAAAGUUAGGACUACGAAAAUUAAAAUUCAAAAUUCCAACCAGUUAUAUUAACGAAGGGAAAACAGUCAAGAAGAUGUUCGAUAUUGGUGUCCUGAAUUUGGAGACAAUAUUUCCGGAUGAGGAAAGAGAAAUGAUUCCAUCGUAA